CCCUAAAAAACUGAAAAGCAAGCGCACUGUAAACAGAAAAUUACAGUAAAAAGUGGAGGCGGGAAAAUUUCCGAUGGCGCGAGAUCGGAAGAGGCAGAGACCGAACAUAUUGAUCACCGGAACUCCUGGAACCGGCAAGACAACAACGUCAUCUGCUUUAGCAGACGCCGCUCAGCUUCGUCAUGUUUCCGUUGGGGACCUUGUGAAGGAGAAGAGUUUGCACGAUGGCUGGGAUGACGAACUCCAGUGCUAUGUAAUCAACGAAGAUCUGGUCUGCGACGAGUUGGAGGAUUUGAUGGACGAAGGUGGAAUCAUUGUGGAUUAUCACGGUUGUGGUUUUUUUCCUGAGCGGUGGUUUGAUCGCGUGGUUGUUCUUCAGACCGAGAACUCUAUCUUGUAUGAUCGCUUGACGAAGAGGGGAUACGAUGGAGCUAAGCUUUCAAACAAUAUUGAAUGCGAAAUCUUUCAGAUAUUGCUUGAGGAAGCAAAGGAAAACUAUCAGGAGAACAUAGUGGUAGCUCUAAGAAGUGACACUGUUGAAGAUGUAGCUAGAAACGUUGAAACUCUGUCGAACUGGGUUAAGAAUUGGCAACCUGUAAGCUAAGCAGAUAAGAAAAGAAAGAAGAGAAGUAAAAGAAAGCCGCCUUUGCUACUUGAUCGAAUUGGGUUUCUAGCCAGAUUUAUAUAAGUUAUGCAUCUUCCCAAUUCCCCAUUAUUUGGAGUAUUUGUAAGCUGCCCUUUUCCUUCAGGUUUUCCAAAGUUUUAUCAAUGAAUGGAUAAACGAAGAAUUUUGCUAGGUGGAAGAUCUAGCAUGUCCAUUGAAGAUCGCUCAAGUCACUUGGGAACCGGAAAAUUGUCAAGCACUCAGCAAGCAAAUAUGGGCCUUUGAGAAGGGUAAUAAGUCAUACACUCUUGUAGAUCUUUGUAUGAAUGGGCUUUUGUCUGAUUUGCAUGGAUAAAGA